GGAUUAAAGACGUGCGCCACUACCGCCCAGCAACAGAUGACUUAUUUUGGCUGGGAAAUGAACCUAGUACUCCUGCCUGCUAGGCAGGUGCUCGCCCCUCAGUCUCAGCCCUAAGCCUAGAAAGAUGCUCUGACUAUGAUAUUUCAGAGGCUUUUAGGCUUGUGCUAAAUGGGCUAGGUACGGUGGUCUCCAGGCUCCCUCCACUUACAGAACUCAGGUGGGCCUUCCACACUUUGCCCUUUGGCUUGCUGGCCCCUGCAUCGAGCGGCGUCAUCGAUGAGCAGCCUACAAGAGACUAUUCAUGGAACCACACACCGAGGCGAGUUUUCCUCUUCAGGAGUCAGAAUCCCCGAAGGAGGCCAAGACCUUUAACCCAGAGGCCACUCUGUCUUUGGAGGGGACUGUGAACCUAGAGGACAUUCUCUAUCUGGGGGCAUCGGGGGACUUUGAAGAGAGCUUUUAUGAAGUAGAAUCUGAGAAGCCAGAACAGACACUGUUUAUCGACGAAUCGAGGCAGCCAGACGAGGCGCUGGGCCUAGAAGAGCCAGGGUGUCCAGAGGAGAUGCUGUUUGUGGAGGAAUCCGUGAGGCCAGAUGAGGUGCAAAUUUCAGAGCAGCCUGUGGAGCCAGCUAAGAGCCCAACUGCUUGUGAGGGAGAAAUGGUGGCCACGGAGGGAAGCCUGCCAGCUCAACCGAUUCCCAACACCGAGGAGGAUCCCCUCAGCGUGGAGGACCUGGAGCGUCUGGAAGCUCGUUUCCAGCAGUGUGUACAAGCCGUAUCCCAGCUGGAAGAGGAGAGGGACCAGCUAAUCCACGAGCUCGUGCUACUCCGGGAGCCAGCCCUGCAGGAGGUGCAGCAAGUCCACCAGGACAUCCAGGCUGCCUACAAGCUGCACGCACAGGCAGAGCUGGAGAGGGAUGGGCUCAGGGAGGAGAUCCGGACGGUGAAGCAGAAGCUGUUCAAGGUGACCAAGGAAUGCGUGGCUUACCAAUACCAGCUGGAGUGCCGUCAGCAGGACGUGGCUCAGUUUGCCGACUGCAGGGAAGCGCUGACCACUCGGGCAGCCCAGCUCUCAGAAGAACUGACCCAGCUCCGAGAUGCCUAUCAGAAGCAGAAGGAGCAGUUACAGCAACAACUAGAAGCACCCCCGACCCAGAGCGAUGGGCACUUUCUCCAGGAGAGCCGACGGCUGUCCACACAGUUUGAAAAUCUCAUGGCCGAGAGCCGCCAGGGCCUGGAGGAAGAGUAUGAACCUCAGCUGCUUCGGCUCCUGGAAAGGAAAGAGGCCGGGACCAAAGCUCUACAGGACACCCAGGCAGAGAUCCAGGAGAUGAGGGAGGCUCUGCGACCCCUGGAAGCAGAGGCCCGGCAGCUCCAACUUCAGAACAGGAACCUGGAGGACCAGAUCACGCUCGUGAGGCAAAAACGCGAUGAAGAGGUUCAACAGUACAGGGAGCAGCUGGAGGAGAUGGAGGAGAGACAGAGGCAGUUACGCAGUGGGGUGCAAGUUCAACAACAGAAGAACAAGGAGAUGGAGCGGCUGAGGACGAGCCUUGCUGAAGAGCUUUCCACAUAUAAGGCUAUGCUACCCAAGAGUCUGGAACAGGCUGAUGCACCCACUUCUCAGGCAGGUGGAGUCGAGGCCCAAUCCUCAGGGACUGUUUAGAAAUAUAUGGUCGGACCUGUAGCCCAGAAACAAGAAAAUAUUUAUCAAAGGAUCACUAGGGAUGGACUUUCCCCGAACAGAUAAGAGUACCAGCACUGGCAAGCAAUUCACCCUGUAAAACUACAAACAUUGGCUGUUUCGCCUAAAAAUAUUUUAGGUUGGCUGGAAGCAGAAUCCCAGUCAACUUGUAUCUGGAUUCUUUUUUGUAGGCUGCUGGUACUGAUUUCAGUGUACUAUGGAAGGGGAAAAAGAGCCUUUUAUCUUCCAGCAGAACCCUGAGUGAUGGACGCAUCACCACACCCUGAACUAUCGUGAACAAUGUUAUGGAGUGCUUUGUGCUGAUCCAAACCAAGAAUGUCUGAGGGAAAAUGUUGGGGUCAAAGGGCAGCCAAUUUCUGCUAUAUAGAUCCACAACUUUGUGCUACAGAUAUUAGAUUUUUAAAAGACUCUGCUCACAAAGCCAUCUUCCCCUUCAAGUCUACACUCACUUAAUUUACUCUUAAAAUAGUGUCAAAUUUAAAAAAAAAAAAAAUCACCACCACCACCCACCAGACCCCACUUAUAUAUAGCCCCACCCAAGUGGCCUGGAACUCACUCUUUAGACAACGUUGGCCCUAAACUCAGAGAUAUGCCUGCCCCUACCUCUGCAAUGUUGGGAUUAAAGGAAUGGCAGGCUUUUUUUUGAGACCAGGUCUCAAGUCAUCUAGGCUCGUUUCUAACUUAUGUGGGCCAGGAUGACCUUGAAUUUCUGGUCUUGCCUCUACCUCCCAACUGCUGAGACUCCAGGUGUGCACUGUCAGCCAUGACCCAAGACACGCCCCACCCCUCCUGUCCUGGACCUCAGAGAAAGGACUCAAACUCACGGAAACCUACAAGAGCUAGGAUUAAAAGCGUGCACCACCAUGUCCAGCUUGAUAAUUUGUACUACAUGCUAACGUAAUCACAAGUUCUAGGCAUCACUUCAAAUUUGGACCAGACACUUCAUGAUCCAAACUUUCCCAAAGCCCAUAAGUGGUUCUGGAGGUGAGAAUCAUCUAGUCAGUCCAAGCAAAAGCAGGUUUGUUUUUUUGUUUUCUUUCUCCAGUUAUCACCAAGUGGUAAGAAAGGCACAGACUCUUAAGUCUAUACUUUAAAAGUAGGGGUUCCAAUGAAAAACACUCGUCAGAUACAAGCUCUCUGUAAACAGUUCAAGUGUCUUUUAAAUUUCAACUCUGCCUUAAGUUGUCUAUCACACUGCCUUUGAGAUUCUUGGAAACCUAUGUAGCUCUCUGGAGAAGACUUCAAGAAUAUGUAAUUUUACCAAGGCUAGUUUGUGUACUAUUCAGUAAUGUCUUCGAUUUCCCUGACUGGAGUAAAGCGCUCUUUUAUCUAUG